AUGGACGACCUCCCGAUCAUCGAGCUGCCGGAGCACUACCGCAUCGACGGUGAAAAACUUGGGAUGGCGCUCGCACACUGCGUCGCCGCGCGUGAGGAGGCAGAAGCCCGGUGUCAGGCCCUUGUUCUUGUCUUCCACCCGGCCUACGGUGGCCCUUCGACACUAGAGCUUCGCGUCGACGCGCGCAUCCAAGAUGUCCUCCAGCAGCUACAGCACUGGGCUCAAGAACAAGCUCGAGCUUUAGCAGAGGCUCAAUUGACCGAUCAAGCAGCGCUACCUCAACUCAUGGAGCGGCGAAUGGACGCUGCUCUCCAGCAGAUUGAGCAGAAGGCCAGCUUGCGUACUGAUCGUCACAUUCAGGUCAUGCGCGAAAACAUGCACAAGUACGUGGAGGAUCGUUUCCAGGAAGCCAUUCGGGGCUCGGACGACAACGCAUUGGCGCUCGUACGAGGAGAGCUGAAAAUUCGCCGUGCGGAUCACCAUGACUCCAUCGCACGGUCCGAAGCACGGGUUGUCGAGUUGGUCCGAGGGAUCCUGAACCAGUACGACAGCGCUACAAGGGUCCGUCAAGAAUAG